AUGUCGCUCUUCGGGAACACAACUCAAAAUCAGCCAUCCCUCUUUGGAGCACCGCAGACAACAGGAGCUAGUACAGGAGGGCUUUUUGGUGGUGGACCAGGAACUGGCACUAGUCAGGCACAAACAACGGGAGGAAUGUUUGGCGGAAUGGGAGCUACAAGUCAACCACAAACAACCGGCGGUCUUUUUGGAGCAACACCUAAACCUCAAGAACAAGCAGGAUUAGGAUCGGGCAGUUUAUUUGGAGGACUUGGAGCAGCUCCCGCCACACAACCACAACAAAGCGGAGGUCUCUUUGGUGCGACUACUACACAACCCCAAACGACAGGCGCAACAGCUGGAGGUCUUUUCGGGAGUUCUCUAGCACAACCGCAGCAGCAGCCGCAACAACCAAAUAGUGGUGGACUAUUUGGAAAUACCAGCACACAACCCAACCCUCCAGCAUCAAUGUUCGCACCCACUUCACAGCCUCAACCUCUUGGGCAAUCUCGACAACAAAAUGGAACAAGCGGUGCCUAUUUCGAUGCCAUAUUGGAGAAGAGCCGCAAGAGGGCACACGAUGAGGACUCUUUGGGUCUACAAUUAGGCUUGGGAGAUAUUCGGCAGCGUAUGAAGAAGUUGGCUCCCACAACUCAAGAUGGUCCUGUUGAUGGCAGAGCUCAUUACCUAUUAGCAGCUUCUGGCGUGGAUCCAGGCGCUGCGCUUAGGGAUCUGAAUUUAUUUGCCGCUGCCACAGGAAGAGUCGAUAGGACGGCACCCCUAGAAGCGCCCGUUGAUGCAGAUGUGGAAGCAUACCUUACGAGACUGGAAACGCAAACUACAAUGAGCAUGAUAAAUGAAGGAUUGGCACGAUCUGUCCGCGAUUUCGACGAUUUUCUGGAGGAGAACGUUGCCAUGGAAUGGAGUACACAGCGCCAGAGAAUAUACGAGCAUUUCGGUAUCAAGCCCAGAAGAGAACAAGGAAAUGGCCCAUCAGCAAGCUUUGCGGCUACAGUUACGGAACCUGUGGGUGGUUUUGGUCGAUCAAGACGGGGUAAAGGACUCGCUCCUGGAGCAUCUAAAGGACCCGGAACCGCACGGGCUAGCGUUUUUGGAAAAUCAAGCAUGCAAAGAUCUGUCAUAGGAGCUGUUGCGCCAGGAGGGACCGGAAACCGAGCAUUAUUUACUGAUAUUGAGAAGGCAGAUACGAACGGCUUGCCACAAGGUCCAAGUGAUCGUUUCCUUCGCGAAAAGCAGGCCCGAUACAUCGAGAAAGUCCAAAACUUUAAUGGUGCUAGAUUGAAGAAUCUCCACUACCCAAUUGCCAACGAGUUCUCCGCCAUUGUAGGCCAAGGUGGCGAACAACAUUCUGCAGAUGUUUACAGGGCAUACCGAAGCUUGAUGGAAAUUGUUGGUGAGGAUCCUGACCCAGAAAGACUACAACUACCCAGUGCGGUCAAACAGAGGCAAUUCGCAGCUGCAUACCUAGAUGACAAUACAAAUUCGACACAAUCGGCAGAUUUAAAAAAGCGAAUACUCAGUGGAUCACUUCGAUAUCUCGAGAAGGAAUUUUUUGAGGGUGUCGAAGCUAUGGUUGCCAAAAACCCCAGGGAAGCACUUGUGGGUGGUAGACCCACUCCUCUUACGAAGAUCAAGGGUUAUGUGCGUCUGCGUUCAGCCCGUAAAGAUCUUGUUACAGACAUGACCACUCUUCAGACUCUUGAGAACGAUUUCAUGUGGGCUGUAGUCUUCUACCUUCUAAGAUCUGGCCAUGUUCAAGAAGCCAAUGCAUACGUUAACGAGAAUCGCGAUGCAAUCCGAGCCAUUGACCGCAACUUCAUAUUCUAUAUGUCCGAUUAUGCCAAUAGUCCGGAUAGAAAAUUGCGGCACGACCUUCAAGAUCGAAUUCAGAGCGAAUACAACCAGCGAAAUCGAAUUGCCCCAGAAAAUUCUAUCGAUCCUUUCAGAAUGGCAUGCUACAAGGUAAUUGGUCGCUGCGAGCUCAAUACUCGAGCUUUGGAUCCGAACAUUGUUCAGAACCAGGAUGACUUCUUAUGGAUACAAUUUGUCCUUGCGCGCGAGUCAAAUCGAGUGGAUGAAAUUGCCAGCGAUGCCUAUGGACUCGCCAACGUACAAAAGACCUUUAAAGACAUCGGUGCCAGGAUGUUCUCCAAGGGGAAUGAAAAUAGUGGCCCAUUUGGCGUGUACUUUUUGCUCCUGAUACUAUCAGGCUUGUUCGAAGACGCAGUCGACCUGCUUUAUCGCCAUAGCAUUUCUGACUGUGUUCAUUUUGCAACCGCACUGGACUUUUAUGGCUUACUUCGAGUCUCAGAUCCAGAUGUUGCAGAAGGUGGGUUCUUGAGUUACACUAUAAGACAACAGCCUCAGAUAGCAUAUGGCUUAAUGAUGGGAUUUUACACUGCAGAAUUCAGAGCUGCUAAUGUCAGUGCUGCUGUGGAUUAUCUCACUCUGAUCUGCUUGAAUGGUGACCUCAAAGGCGACGCUGGUUCGAAACAAGUGGCAUUAAGCCACGAAGCCCUUCAGGAGCUGAUUCUGGAAAGCAGAGAAUUCGCUUUGUUGCUUGGUGAUAUUCGACAAGACGGAAAGCGUAUACAUGGAGUUAUCGAAGAACGCUUGGCAUUGAUCAAUCUCAGCAGCGCGGAUGAUUUCAUGAGAACGGUUACGAUACAGGCAGGAAGUGUCGCGGAUGAUAAUGGACGAACGACUGAUGCAGUCUUGCUCUAUCACUUGGCAGAAGAGUAUGACAAUGUCAUUACCAUCCUCAACCGGGCCCUUAGCGAAGCUAUUGCCGUGCCCGUAGGCCACAGUCCCUUGCGAUUACAACCACUCAAGCCAAGGCCCGGAGAUGGAUCUGGAAGAACCGCCCAUACCAGUCUCAGUCUUACCUCAGUUGAUGAUCCUGCCGAAUUGGCUACGAUAAUGACGAAGCUUUACUCAAACAAUCGCAUGUAUCUCAACAAGAUCAAGCAGGAAAAUCGUGCAGCUUGCGAGGCUUUAUUGAACAUUAGUCGUGCCAAGGAAUUUGUUGAAAACAGACAAUGGGCUGAAGCAUUAGAUAUUGUGAUAAAUCUUGAUAUUCUCCCCUUGAGAGCCCAUGGUAAUCCGAGUGAAGUACGAAGUUAUGCUACUAAAUUUUCAUCUCUCUCCCAAGAGGUUGCAAACACUAUACCCAGUCUAUUGAUGUGGACGAUCUUGUGUUGCAACAACCAACGAACCUCUCUCAUGAAUGCUCAAUAUGGAGGGAAUGAGGGUACACGACGAAUGAUGAUUGAUCAAUUGAAACAACAAAACAUGGACUUGACGACAUAUACCAGUCAAUUGAGAUACCGAUUCCCAGCAUCUCUACAUGAAGCUCUAGCAAGGGCUCAAUCGGAUUGA